AUAGUUUGCACUCAAAUUUUUGCUGUUAUACUUAAAUUGCUUGAAGUUUCGGGAAUGCCAGAUAAUUUUGUGAACUAAAGCAACAUUUAAAUAAAAAAAAAAACCAUAAAGCAAGAUUUCACUUUAAAAUGGGUCGACCGCAAUCAAGGAAAUCAAGUGGUAAAAAAAAAAAAAAAACAUUAAAUGACCUCUGAGCGACAUUGAGAUAAAUACAGCUGAAUCUCGUCGCAUUUAUUGAGCACAAACAAAUGGUCUUCAGAGCUUAUCGAAGUGAGUUAAUUGUUCAGUAAAGAAGUAACAAAAAUUUUAGCUUCAACAAGCACGCGUUGUCAUUAUCUGUUCAUAAUUUUUGUAGAAGCGAACGUUAAUUUUUAGAAAAUUCGCAAUAAUGACACUAAUCGUAGAAACAAUACCGACUACAAUUUUUGACGAUCAAAAGCCUGGUACGAGUGGAUUACGCAAAAAGGUUAAAGUUUUCACCCAAGUCAAUUACACAGAAAAUUUUAUUCAAUGCGUACUUGCGGCAAACGGCAGCUCUUUAAAAGGUUCAACCUUAAUUGUAGGCGGUGAUGGUCGUUAUUACUGCAAAGAAGCUAUUGCAAUAAUUAUACGAAUAUGCGCAGCUAACGGGGUAUGUAAGUUAUUAGUAGGUCAAAAUGGCAUUUUAUCCACUCCUGCGGUUUCUGGUUUGAUACGCCACCACAAAGCUUUGGGCGGAAUUGUUCUUACCGCUUCUCAUAAUCCCGGCGGUCCUGAUAACGAUUUUGGUAUUAAAUUUAACUGCGAAAACGGUGGUCCUGCCCCGGACACUGUCACGAAUCAUAUAUAUCAACUAACUAAUGCCAUUAAAGAUUAUAAAAUAGUUAAAGAUUUACAAGUUGACAUUACGAAAGUUGGUAUCCAUACCUACACAAUUGAUAAUCAACAAGAAUUUGUGGUGGAAAUUAUAGAUUCUGUCGAAAAUUAUGUUAAGUGUAUGAAAGAAAUAUUUGAUUUCGUAAAGUUGAGGAAGUUUCUAAGCGGCGAAACAACAGGAAAACCUUUAAGAAUAUUAAUAGAUUCUAUGAACGGCGUAACUGGUCCGUAUGUACGAGAGAUUUUUCUUAAUUGCUUGUCGGCUUUGGAAGAUGGUGUAGUGCAUACAAGGCCAUUACCUGACUUUGGAGGGUUACAUCCCGAUCCGAAUUUAACAUAUGCCAAAGAUUUAGUGCAAACAGUGGCCAAUGGCGAAUAUGAUAUAGGAGCAGCAUUCGAUGGUGACGGGGACCGUAAUAUGAUUGUUGGUUACAAGGCUUUCUUUGUUACGCCCAGCGACUCAUUGGCAGUGAUUGCUCAUCAUUUAGGGUGUAUACCAUAUUUCCAGAAACACGGCAUACAAGGAUUUGCUAGAAGUAUGCCUACUGCAGCGGCAAUAGAUUUAGUGGGACAGAAAUUGGGUAGAGAAGUUUUUGAAGUGCCGACCGGUUGGAAAUAUUUCGGCAAUCUUAUGGAUGCCGGUUAUCUAUGUUUGUGCGGAGAAGAAAGUUUCGGUACUGGAUCCAAUCAUAUACGGGAAAAAGAUGGCAUUUGGGCUGUGUUGGCUUGGCUGUCCAUAAUGCAGGACACUGGCUUAAGUGUUGAAGACAUCCUAAAGCAACAUUGGUCUACAUAUGGACGUAAUUAUUUUACUCGUUACGACUAUGAAGAAUGCGAACUGCAGUCAUGCAACGAUAUGAUGGCUUAUUUAGAGAAGACUAUUUGCGAUUUAAGUUUUGUUGGCAGGGAAUUUACUGCAGAAGGAAAAAGCUACAAAGUGAAAAUGGCCGAUAAUUUUUCGUACACGGAUCCGAUUGAUAAAUCAGUAGCGAUCAAACAAGGGAUACGAGUACUAUUUGAGGAUGGCAGCCGCAUUAUUAUAAGAUUGAGCGGUACCGGAAGCACAGGAGGAACAGUGCGUUUAUACAUCGACUCCUACGAAAAAGAUAAUAUCUUGGGCCAAGCCAGCAUUAUGCUCAAACCCUUAAUUAACGUAGCCUUAGAAAUAUCGCGAUUGCCACAGUUUACUGGACGUUCUGCUCCCACUGUCAUCACAUAAACUAAUUCGAAGCGUAAAAAUGCUUUCCAUUCUACCUCAAUUGAUUUUAUAUGGAUAAUAAAAAGAUCUUUUAAAUAUUUCUUAAAAAAA